GGCGCAUGCAGGAACCCACCUGUACCAAUAUCCGGAUACGCUCGACGAGUGAUGCACACAAGAUCUUCUAUGCCGUCCAGCUCGGCGUCCUCAAGAUGGUGACCAGGCGCCUCGACGCCGAGGAACGCGCAGCCCUCAAGAGCGGCUGCAUCUACGUCUGGGAGGAGCGCGGGGGCGGCCAGAACGUCGAAGUGAAUGGCUUGGGCAUCGAGCGAUUCACCGAGGGCAGGCGCUGGUCCCCUUCGCGCGUACGCGAUGAGUUCCUGUUCUACUACGAGAAAUACGUGCCCCCGGUGGACCUCACCCGUCCCUCGUGCGUCAGCACCUCCUCCGCUCCCUCCACCUCUCGUUCACGGGCAGGCAGCAACGACAAGCAGCCCCCGCGCGACUGGGAUCCCCUCGUCAAGCAGACGUACUCUGUCUUCCGCGUAUCACCCGAUCUCGGCACGCGCAAAUGGCAUAUCACUGCUUACUUUACGCAGAAUACUGUCGAUCGCUUAAACACGGUCGACGAUUUGCCCGCAGUCGGCUCCCUGGUUGUCCCUGAUGGGCUGUUCAAGAGUACACGUGUCGGCAAGAGUCGCAAUAGGCAAACGGACGACGGUCAUUCCAAGCCCUCGACUACCGUGCAUCGCACUUACGCGGCCUUCCCCUCCCCUCAUUCAUCCCUCCCCGUAUCCCAUGGCGAGUCGAGCGGGCCUGGUGGUGUCCACAUGUUCCAACCCUAUCAGACGUCACCGGACCGGGACCGUGCUAUUGUCCACUCGUCACCCUCAACACACCGCCAGGCAUCCCUGGAAUCCCUUCGUGAUGUGGGCUCCACAUCCGAUAGUAUACCUCCUCCACUUGGCUUUUCUGGGCCAUCCUUGCUGUCAUCCAACGCAUCUGAGCCUCCGGCACGACUCGCGCGGCAACCCCCGCCGUCGCUCGACAUCAAGGGUGACCCCGGCCAUUUCGCAGGCAUGCCUCCCCCGAGCGUCCCAUUAGCCCGGACCAUCUGGACCGUUCUUGACGACCCCAAUAUGUACAACGACGCCAACCACAGCCUAUCCCCCGUCCCUCCGAACGCGGUACCUGCACGUCUCCCCCUCUCCCCUCCCAGCCCGUGGCCGGGCGACUCGCGCCAGGUGCCGUCCAUCUACAGCUAUACCCCCAAGCCCAAGCCGCAGAUCCUCGCGCCGUUCCACGGGCCCAUCCACGCGCCGCCCUCGCCCGUGUCCGAGUCGGGCUCCUCUGGCUCCGAGGGGCGCAGCCGCGCGUACGAGCGCGAGCGCGGCGUCGGACCGGACCGUGAUCUCGCGCCGCUGCAUGUGCUGACGCGAACGCAUCCCUACCGGCGCGACCCCGCGGACGACCACGCCCUCCGGCUCUUCGCCAGCGGGCCGCCGUACGACACGCCCUCGUCCCCACAGCCCGCGGUGUCCUCCCUGGCCUCCUUCCCACCGCCAUGAAGUGCGGCGCCAUGUUCCUAUGCUUCAUAUUAUGUACCGGCCACAAAGCUAUCCCAUGUCCACAAGCUAUCCACAGGCCAAAUAUUGUCCCAAGGCUACAAGCUACGCGCCACAGGCUACGUCCAAAACGAUGGUUUAUGACUGUAUAUCUUACAUGACACCGACACGCCAGUGCUCCUAUCCUGUGCUUCAUCCAGCGCUUCUAUACAGCUUCUGUUCUACGCCAUCUUUGUAUCUUUAGCAAUAUUCGUUCGCAUGCAUCACAUCUUACUUUGGAGGGGCUCGAUACUCAGUACUCAGCAAUCUUGACAGACUAGCGGACUACGUGGUUCGUCAGCUAUAGGCAUUUCUUGUUUGUAUAAGGUAUGGUUUUAGGCUCAACAACAGUCCAUCUUGAAUAUAUCCAGACUGAAGUCAA